AUGGAGGGGCUGGUGGAGCAGGUGUCGGGGGGCUGCCACGCCCCGCCUGUUGACGUGCGGGGUGCCCAGGCCGCCGGUCCCCCGCUGGCUGAGCAGAGUACAGGACCUAGCUCGGAGGGGCUUUCCCAACGCCUGGCCGUGCUGCCCUCGGCCAAGGCUGCUGAGAGGGAUGACACGGUCUUCUCGUCUGCUUACAUCUACACACGCGAGGGUGUGCUCGUGGUGACAUCACCCCUUCCUGUGCCCGGCCGGCUGCGGGGGUCGGGGCGGCGCCUUCGGGCGCGUGUGGGGCCUCAGCGCGCCAGCGUGCAGGCGCCCGGUUCAGGGGCAGAGGCUGCUCGACCCUUGUCAGGUGAAAAGUUGGACCCGCGCAUCCGCCACUGCAGCGUAGAGGAGCGAUCGCAGGGUGUCAUGUACAUGACCCCUGGAAAACAGGGUCGCAGACCCGCAGAGUGUGCCAGAGUGGCCCGCCGCUCCUGCCCUGGCCCCGGCUGCCGGCCGGGGUCGCGGAGGUCGGCGCAGUUGCCCCUCGCUUCUGGUGACAGUGGCGACCUUCCUGGCCGCAGGCUGAGCGUCCUUGACAGCUGUUAUCUGCCCCUCCAGAGCGUUUCCCAAAGUGUGUUCUGCGGAACUAGCACCUACUGUGUUCUCAACACCGUGCCGCCCAUAGAAGAUGAUCAUGGGAACAGCAAUAGUAGUCAUGUAAAAAUCUUUUUACCGAAAAAGCUGCUUGAAUGUCUGCCGAAAUGCUCAAGUUUACCCAAAGAGAGGCACCGGUGGAACACUAAUGAGAGAUCAUGCCGCGGCCGUCCUUUUGGAUUUCUUUUUAAUAAUGUGUGACCCUUCACCUUUGAUCCCCUGACCUGCAUUGCCUUGGUAACCAUUUCAUUUUUUUAUUUAAUUUCAUUUUUUACUUUUGGUGUACAAGCUGUAACAUUUCAUCUCUCAAAAGUGUAACACGCUGGUUUCCUCAAAUAGAGGUACCCCUUUGAGUGAUAAAUUUGCAAAAUGCUGUCUUCAUUUUCUGUAUUAAAAUUCAUUUCAGUUUUUGAAAUAAAGUGUAACCUGUGUGUUCGUC